AUGCUCUCUUCCUCUAUUCCACUUCCAGAUUUCGACAACACAAUCGUCGAACCUAGAAUGAAGAAGCCGAAAAGAGCCUUGUUUAGAACACAAUCCUGCAACUUCUCUGACAAACAAAACAGAGUUCUUCCAGUCAUUAGUCAAACCGAUGCAGUCCCAAGAAUCACAUGCGAUACGAUGAAUGACGUCCUCAAUGGCGUAUACAACUCCGAAUUCAAGCAACUUUUCAUCAUUGAUUGCCGUUUCCCCUAUGAAUACGAAGGUGGACACAUUAAGAAUGCUAAAAACAGCAACUCACCUACCGAUCUAUUCCAACAAUUCUUCGAAGAAACAAUCAGAAGCUCAAUCAUCAUCUUUCACUGUGAGUUCUCACAGAGCAGAGGACCAACUAUGGCAGGUCUCUUCAGAGAUCAUGAUAGAAAUGUUAACUGGAAUCUUUACCCAUUUCUUUACUAUCCAGAUGUUUAUAUUCUUGAUGGUGGUUACAAAGAGUUCUAUGAGAAGUAUCCAAACCACUGUGAUGGCGGUUACAUGAGAAUGCAUACUCAGGAACAUGUAGACAACGGAAAUCUCCAACACUACAACACAAUCUUCAGAAAUGAAAUCGAAAAGAUCAAUGAGAAGAAGCGUGAAGUUCUUCUUCCACCAUCCAAGAAUACCUGCCCAAUCAGCCCACUUGCAAACAGCCGCAAGAGAUCAAGUCUGAUUGAUAGCCCAAUUGCCACAAAGAAGCGUUCUCUCUAA